GAGACUUUUAAGGGUUUAGAAGUGAAGGGGAGAGUGAGUGCGUGUGUGUCUCUUGCUUGGGUUAGCCCGCUCCUUAGUUCUUUACUGCUAGUUUCUGCUGCGGAUCUGCCAGCAGGAUGGCUGACCAGAGCUGCAGAGUGCGCCUUAACAACUCUGAAGCACGGUGCCCAGGGUGACAUCCAUUAAACUUCCACUGACUUGGCUCUGUGAGGAGGAGGGGCCGCGGGAAAUUGAAGAGAGGCUGGGCAGCUAUAAAUAGGCAGUGGACUAGAAGAGGCUCUGAACAAAUCUUGCCAUGCAGCAGGUUUUGGAUAACCUUACGGAUCUACCCACAUCAACAGGAGCUGAAGAAAUAGACCUUAUUUUCCUCAAAGGAAUUAUGGAGAACCCUAUUGUAAGAUCACUUGCUAAGGCUCAUGAGCGACUGGAAGAUUCUAAACUCGAAGCUGUCAGUGACAACAACCUGGAGUUAGUGAAUGAAAUUCUUGAAGAUAUCAGUCCUUUAAUAAACAAAGAUGAAAAUAUUGCAGAAUUAGUUGGCAUACUUAAAGAACCUCACUUUCAGUCACUCUUGGAAGCCCAUGAUAUUGUGGCAUCAAAGUGUUAUGAUUCCCCUCCUUCUAGCCCAGAAAUGAAUAAUUCUUCAGCGAAUAACCAACUAGUACCAGUAGAUGCCAUUCGUAUACUUGGUAUUCACAAAAGAGCAGGGGAGCCACUGGGGGUUACAUUUAGGGUAGAAAAUAAUGAUCUGGUAAUAGCGCGAAUCCUUCAUGGUGGAAUGAUAGAUCGACAAGGUCUUCUGCAUGUAGGUGACAUCAUUAAAGAGGUCAAUGGCCAUGAAGUUGGAAAUAAUCCAAAAGAAUUGCAAGAACUACUGAAAAAUAUUAGUGGUAGUGUCACACUGAAAAUCCUGCCCAGCUAUAGAGAUACUGUUAUUCCUCAACAGGUAUUUGUGAAGUGUCAUUUUGAUUACAAUCCAUUCAAUGACAACCUGAUCCCAUGCAAAGAAGCAGGUUUGACGUUUUCUAAAGGAGAGAUUCUUCAGAUUGUAAACCGAGAGGAUCCAAAUUGGUGGCAGGCUAGCCAUGUCAAAGAAGGAGGAAGUGCAGGCCUCAUUCCUAGCCAGUUCUUGGAAGAGAAGAGGAAGGCAUUUGUUAGAAGGGACUGGGACAAUUCAGGCCCUUUUUGUGGGACAAUAGGUAGUAAAAAAAAGAAAAAGAUGAUGUACCUCACAACCAGAAAUGCAGAAUUUGACCGGCAUGAAAUCCAGAUUUAUGAAGAGGUAGCCAAAAUGCCUCCUUUUCAGAGGAAGACGUUGGUCUUAAUAGGGGCCCAGGGAGUUGGUCGAAGAAGCUUGAAAAAUAGGUUUAUAGUAUUGAAUCCUACUAGGUUUGGAACUACAGUGCCAUUUACUUCACGAAAGCCAAGAGAUGAUGAAAAAGAUGGGCAAGCAUACAGGUUUGUGUCACGAGCUGAAAUGGAGGUUGAUAUUAAAGCUGGCAGGUACUUAGAACAUGGAGAAUAUGAAGGGAACCUUUAUGGCACCAAAAUAGAUUCUAUCCUUGAAGUGGUUCAGACUGGAAGGACAUGCAUCUUGGAUGUAAACCCACAGGCCCUGAAAGUAUUGAGGACUUCAGAGUUUAUGCCCUAUGUCGUAUUUAUUGCUGCUCCAGAGUUAGAAACACUGCGUGCCAUGCAUAAGGCUGUUGUGGAUGCUGGAAUUACAACAAAACUUCUAACUGACACUGAUUUGAAAAAAACAGUAGAUGAAAGCGCCCGGAUUCAGAGAGCAUACAACCACUAUUUUGAUCUGACCAUUGUAAAUGACAAUCUAGACAAAGCCUUUGAGAAACUACAGACUGCUAUAGAGAAAUUAAGGUUGGAGCCACAGUGGGUCCCAAUUAGCUGGGUAUACUGAGAGAUUUCUGAAGAUGGUCUUAAAUAAAUGAAAUAGCUGCAACAAGCAUUCUGCUGAGAAGACAUGUAGAAAAGAUGACUGCAGCACCCAUGCAUUUUUACUCUGUGUAUAUUCAAAUGGUACACUAUUCUGACUUUUUAUAUAAAACGUUGAAGGGAAAGUGUACUUAAAUAUGUAACUUAUUUUAAUUUUUCUAACUUUUUACAGAUAACCUUUCUAUUCAUAUCACAUGAAGGAAAUGCGUUGAAGCAUUUUUAUAUGUUUUGAUUUAGUACCUUUGCCUUUUUCAUCUAAAACUUUUAAUCAUUCACUUAAACAUUUGCAUUUUGGUCUUACAUUUUCACUGUGAUAAACAAGGAUACUUGAAACAAUUUUUGUAAAAUUCUUGUGGAAGUCAGUGUUUAACUGGUAAUAUGUCAAUUGUUAAUAGGAGAAAACACUAAACUUUUCCUAAUAAGCAUCUAAUUUUACAGGAGCAACAUUUUAAAUACUAAAGUGGCAGCCAGCACACAGCUACUUUGCUCCAGCUUCUUACUGCUCAAUGUUUUUACAUUUUUGCAGUUUCAUAGGUUCUUAAUGUGUCUCAUGAUUUAGACAAAUGUAUUGUAGAUUCCCCCAUAUGUAUCUUUAAAAAAUAAUGUAAGCAAUACCUUGCACUCAACUUAUUAGGCUACUUUUGGGGGCCAACCUUUUAGCCCUUUACAAAUGAGGUACUGUUGUCAGAAAGGUUUUAUGUAAUGUAAGUCUUUGUAAUUGGAAUCCUGGUGUAGUAGCCUGAGAGAGAACCAUAUAAUAUGGAGCCUUGUGCUGAGGCUUAGUGUAUAGGACUUAUUUAUUCGCACUUGUUGAAAAUACUUUACUAAAAGAAAGAAACCUGUUCUUUCAUUGAGACAUUGUUCAGUAUUUGUAUAUUGAUCUGUGAAUUCAGCUCCUAUGCUAGUUAGCCGGUUCUUAUUUUACUUUUGGGAAUAUUUGUGAGUGCUCAGCUGUUGUGUUUUAUGAAAUGUGAUGUAAUGGGGUUUUUGUGCUAUUUGUUUCAUUGUGUUUUAAACUGCAUUCUUCACUGAAUAGCUUGUGAAAUUGAAAAUUUGUCAGAUGCUAAAGAUCAGUGUUUAUACCUUUUGUUUCAUAACAGGCUUUUUUGUGUUUAGUGAUAAAAUAAUUCUUCCUUCAGUAGGCUCAUUGGCAUAAUUCACAUUAUUUCCAAGGUCAUGGUCAUUCAUCUUUUCAAGACUUGCUAAUGUAAAUUCUGCUUAAUGAGUAUAAAAUGAAAAUACAGAUUGUCAGUAAGACGAGCUAUUCUUGUGACCAUAUUUUAUGUUCUGCUACUUGUUGUAUAUAGCCACAUUCAUCAUUACAUAUCAGCAUAGGUGCCUAAAUUACAGUCAUCUACCCACUUAAUUUAUUUUCCAUAUAGUGACAGGCACCUGACUUCUGAAUUUUUUUUCCACACCAACGCAUAAGGUACAAUGCCAACAAGAAGGCAACUCACUAAAAAACUCAAAAGAGGCUGAUACAGUAUAAAACAAUACCUUUUGGUCUUUUAAAGACUUCCCAUGUGUGUAAGAAAACAGGGUUUGGUUUGUUUUAAAUAGUUACUUUAUACAGAGAAAUGGCAAGUCUCAGCAAAGUUAUAUUAUAGAAGAUUAAAACCUCUGAGGUAUUUUUUUAAAGAUUCCAAUAUAUUUUGUAAAUGUUAUACAAAAUUUUGCAUAGCCUUGGUCUUGUCCCUGACUCUUGGUACUGAGAUUUCAGUCUUUCAAGCAAGUCUGAAAUCCUCAAAGAUUUUUAUCACUGCUUUAUUUAUCACUUUUCAUUUAGGUAAGAUUUGUAGGAUGUAUUUGGUUCGUGUUUUUUGUUAAAUGUAAUUGAUUUUAUAAAUAUGGCACCGACCUGCCACUUCCAUUUUCCAUUCUCAGGAGCCUAGUUCCAUGACACAGAUGUUUAGGAGAUGCCUGCAGGGGAAUAGUCUUGUGCUGUAGUUAGCAGCAACAAAUAGUAAAUUCAUUGCUUGAAUAUCUUAAUGAACCAGUCUUGGUACUAUAGGUUUAUAUGUCUGCAAUUAAAACUACUAGUUUCCUUUGUUGUAUGUUCUGUAACAGGAGACCAACAUAUAUGCUAUCUAGACAGAUACUAUACUCUCUAUUAUGAGGUUUAAAUUAUUAUAAUUCCUGAAUUGUAAUGCUCUAAGUGGAUUGGGCUAGUACCUCAAGAGUAAGUGAAAUGGAAAGAUAUUCACAAACACUAGAUGCUUUGAAGAGAUGAUCCUGCCCUGAAUGUGGGUUGGACUAGAUGACCUCCUGAGAUCCCUUCCAGCCCUAUUUUGUACGAUUUCCUUUCUAUACCAUAAUGUAAGCUUUACUGGCUCUGUUGCUUUUGUUAUAUUUCAUUUUGUUAAUGAAACCAUGUCAAGUUUUCACACCAAGAAAACUACUGUACCAUUUUCAUCAUUGUUGUAGUGGUAAUACUGUUGAAAGGGCUUAUCCAGUCAGCAUGGUACUCUAGUAGUUGUAUGUAUAGUGUGUGCUCAGUAGUGCAGAAAAUGUGAAAUCUGUCACUCUGGAGAUAGCACAAUUACCACUAGAUCCCUGCCUCUUAAAUGUAAAAGUGAACAAGAAAUAUGAUUCAGGGACUCCCUCAGAUAAAGGUUUGUCUGCCAGGAUGCAUAUGUAUUAAACCCAGUGUAGGGAUAAUUUGGGUCUCCGAUCUUAAUUUUGUAAGAAAACCUAAUUCCUUUUGAUAAUCCAAAAGAUUUCUUAAACAAAUAAAAGUAUGCUGUCUUUAUUCAGGGCCAGUUCAGAUGUCUAAACUCAUGUAGUUUCAAUUUAAAACAGCUGUUAAGAAAAUGUGAGAUUUCUUUUCCCCCUUUAAAAUAAGAAAAUAUAGGUUUUCAUCAAACAUAGAAGCUUAGAAAGGCUGAACAUCUCUUACACUUAAAAAAAAUAUUUUUUUGAAAGAACUUAAACCAUUUUUAUAGUUUUUAAGAAUUUCCAGCUUAUUUACAGAGACAAGUGACUUUGCAGUAAUGCAGUAUUGGUAGAAAGUAUGGUCGGCUAGAAGAUGUUUCCACAAGUUAGAUUUUACUGCAUAAUAUACAAAUAAUGAAAAAGUUCUAUGAAUGCCCUCUCUUUCAGUUAAAAAUACUCAAGAUAUAUAGUACUGUUAUGCUUACAAUAUUGGGGAUUUUUAGGUAAAUAUAGGAUUUCUUAUUGUCUAGGAUUUCCUUUUAUUUGGCGCAUCUUGCUGAGUACUGAACACUCAGUUUUUGCAGAUGCUGAAAAGUAAAUUUUAAUGCUGAUUCACCAUAAGAAAAUAAUAGAUGGUUAGGCAUGAAAUGGAAGUACUGCUACAUUUUUAAGGUACCUGGUGUUUAUUACAAGAUAAAUAUAGUUUUUAAAAAGAUGUAAAAAAUCAAAUGGAUAUCUAUGCAUAUGUAUGUAUGUAGGUGAUAAAACAGAAAAUGUUUGUGUACACAGUCAUGUUAUUGAUGUACCAAGGUUAAUCCAGAAAUAUUUCUGCAAGGUGAGAUAUAGUAAAACUAGCCCAUGUUUCUAACUGAAUUGUGACAAGUAAUAAAAUAUUUUUUUAAGCAUACAGAUAUUCCACCCUAAAAAUUCUUUGUUUAUCUAUAACUUGCACCUGUAUUAAGAAGUGCACGAGAUGCUGUAAAAUUCUUUGCAUGUGUAGAGAGACUUGUAGAGGAAAUAUUGGCUUCCUCCAUGAAUGAAAGCUUUUACUUAAUGCAGUCAGAAUGGCAAGAAUGAGAACUUAUUUCAUGGAUGAACUAUUUUAAACACAUUUCAAUGUAAAUACUUUGUGUGCACUUACAUAUACACAAGUGGUUAUUUCAUAGCGGCACUGUUUUCUAAAAGUUAUGUUAGUGAGUCAAUCUAAGAUUCAAAAUAUUUUGAUAAAGCUCAACGUAGUGAGACCAUAGUAGACCAUGUCAUCCUUUAUGUAUUUUAGCUUUUUAAAAUGGUCAGUAAAUAUAAAAUUAACUAAAUAAAAAGGAAAUUUUAGCAGUAUCACAAGUGGCCAUAAGUGAGGAAGCUCAGCGGUAUGAGUCUGUGUCCAUCUUCAGUGUUCUCAGAUCGGUAUUGCUGCCUGAACCUUGUGGUCCAAGAAAUUUAUGAAACAGGGUAUCAGCUCAACUUAAACUUUUUGAAUGUUUGUGUUUAUAGACCAGGGGUGGGCAAAAUACGGCCUGCAGGCUGGAUGCGCGGCCUGUGAGGCCAUUCUAUCCGGCCUGCGGGGCCCCUAAAAAAAAUGUAGA